UUCACAUUCGUUCCUCGCUUUGAGUCUCCCGCGCAGAAGUUUCAUUUAAGCUGAAGUUGAAUUGAAAAGCCGCUUGCUAUGACUGAUCAGACUGAUACAGCAGAGGCGUUAUUCUCGAGGUAUGAACACCUUGAGCCGCUUGGACACCGGGGAUGUGGAGAGCUCUUUAGGGCCGUGGAUAGCUACCUUAACAAGAUUGUUUCGGUUAAGCUAAUCCAUUUUCAUGAUAAAGAGCACGGUUUUGUAUCUGAUGUCUUGAGGGAAAUCUCUUUGUUGAUGGAAUUGAGGCAUGUCAACAUUGUCAGGCUAAUCGCAGUGGAAACAGUGCCAGGCCAUCGAAACGGCUGUAGACUUAUUAUGGAAUGCGGACAAUGUAACCUUGCCAGUUACAUCAAGGCGCAUAUAUUCGAAGGAAUAAAUCCAGAGAUAGCAAAAAAUUUUCUUAUGCAGAUACUGAAAGGUCUCAACUAUUGUCAUUCAAAAAAAUUUAUGCAUCGAGAUCUGAAUCCCCGCAGUAUACUAAUAGCUGAUGAGGGAGUAAUAAAACUAUCUGAUUUUGGUCUCUCUGUGGCAUGUGAUACUCCAUGUUCAAAAUAUUCUCUCAAGGUUGGAUCUCUUCGGUACAGGGCUCCUGAGUUGUUGCUCGGUCUCCCUCUCCCAUACACUAAUUCAAUUGAUAUAUGGGCUGUCGGAUGUAUUUUUGUGGAACUUGUGACACGAAACCCUCUGUUUACUGGUACUUCAGAAGCUACUGUAAUGGAGAGCAUAAUCAGCAUAUUUGGCAUGCCAACUGAGGCAGAUUUACCGGGAGCAGCAGGAUAUUGUCGCAACAAGUUUGCAAUACAGGAGCCAACCAUUAAAUCCAGGAGACAUCUUGGAAGACUUGUUCCCAGCCUCCCGAAGGAAGGGCUCGAUCUUCUAGAGGAAAUGCUGUGCAUUAAUCCGGAUAAAAGGAUUAGUGCUGCCAAUGCGCUGUUACAUCCAUUUUUCGAAGAAUUCGGAUUGAAACCCAAAGAACUCCUGCUACAGGAAUAAGCUGAAUAUCCUUUGCGCCAUUAUCCGAAAAUCCGAAUGCAAGCUUCAACCACAAGGUACUAACAGGCAUGAACCUAACCCUCUAUGUGAUCUUUGAUGUCUUUUUUGAUCUCUUUCUUAGGUUCUUACAAUGAUUCCUACAUGUUAUGAACUCUUUCUGAAUUUGGAAUCUUGACAAGGUGAAAAUCCUCCAAGUUUAAAAGCAGUAAAAUCAGGCGAACCUAAUACCCUGCAAAUCAGGCCUGACGGGAAUAGGCGAUCAUGUGUGGCAGGUGACCUGAGGCGUCGGGGGUUCAUACGGUCACAAAUCCAAUCCCUACACCACCAGACCAUCCCUUACGAGACGAAAUUUAGGAUGUGUUUUGGUUGUAUAUUGGGUGGUGUAGUUGGAAGUUUGAUUCUAAUGUAAAAUACAACGGUGUUUGAUUGUAAGUUAAAUUAUGAUAAAAUAUGUAUUUUGUAUAGAAUAAAAUUAAAUAUGUUUUGAAUGUUGUAAAAAAUAUAUAAUAUAUAUGUA